AGUGUACGAUUCUUGCAUAACAUUGGGAUCGUUGGACGGAUCUCCAUGGUGUAGUGGUUCUACAGAUGAGGAAUUCAAUCAUCUCCCUGGAUCUGAACUUCAGUGCCCUGAAACAUGCAAGGUCAAUCAUUGUCCUAUUGGGUACAGAAGAAUGUACAAGGAUCAAUCCUGUUACAAGCUUUCCCCUCCCUAUCCAUCCAAAACCAAGUCCAGUGUGGAUGAAGCUCAGGCGGAGUGCAACAAGGACGGUGCCAAACUCUUGGAACCUCGGUCGGAAGAUUUUUGGACACAUUUCCUGAAACUGGAAUCUCACUCCUUCUUAACGGGUCAACAUUUCAAGCAUAAUGCCGAGACAUCCUUUGUAGCCCUGGGCCUGUUUAUUGAUUUAUCGACUGGAACGCCGGUGGUUCAAUAUGCCGAUGGAACUGUCCCAUCUGAGCCGUUAGAAGGAACAGCCAUUCCAUGGCGUACUGGGUUUCCGGAGAAUGAUCCGAGCAAGGCUUGUGUGGCCUUGAUGAGCCCGGAUGGUAAAUUGGUCAACACCCCUUGCCAAGGUUACUCUGACGGAGACAUAACAGGACAUGGAACAUUGGGGUACCUAUGCGAAGCCAGACCUACGGAAGCCAUCAGUGAGGAUGGGGCCGUGAAAGUCUGCCAUUUUCCAUUUGGCUUCAAUAAUGCCACUUAUCAUGGUUGCGUUGGACCCGAUGUGGCUGACCCAGGUCAGCUGUCUUAAAAUCAUAGCAUGAGCCAAUACUAACUGAUUGAUUAUUCAAU